CCAGUCCGGCCCGCCCGUCCCGCGGGCCAUGGAGCUCCGAGCAACGAAUCGAGAGCAGCCGGCGCGCCCCAACCUGUCCGCCCGGUUCCCGGCUCCCGCCCCUUCUCAGCCCGAGCCCUGGAGACAGCAGCCCCCUGGCUGCUGAGCAGCAGCGACAGCAUGAAGGCUCCGGGCCGGCUCCUGCUUGUCAUCCUGUGCUCCUUGGGCUUCUCCGCCGUCUACAUCCUUCUGUGCUGCUGGGCCUGCCUGCCGUUCUGCCUGGCCUCCUGCCUGGACCCCCACCUCUCUACCAACUUCAGGCCCACCAUGCCAGGGCCCCUGCACUUCAGUGGCUAUAGCAGCGUGCCAGAUGGGAAGCCGCUAGUCCGAGAACCGUGCCGCAGCUGUGCCGUGGUGUCCAGCUCCGGCCAGAUGCUGGGCUCGGGCCUGGGCGCUGAGAUUGAUGGUGCUGAGUGCGUGCUGCGCAUGAACCAGGCGCCCACUGUGGGCUUUGAGGCAGACGUGGGCCGGCGCAGCACCCUGCGCGUGAUCUCGCACACAAGCGUGCCACUGCUGCUGCGCAACUACUCACACUACUUCCAGCAGGCCCGCGACACGCUCUACGUGGUGUGGGGCCAGGGCAGGCACAUGGACCGGGCGCUCGGUGGCCGCACCUACCGCAUGCUGCUGCAGCUCACCCAGAUGUACCCGGGCCUGCAGGUGUUCACCUUCACCGAGCGCAUGAUGGCGUACUGCGACCAGGUCUUCCAGGACGAGACGGGCAAGAACCGGAGACAGUCAGGCUCCUUUCUCAGCACUGGCUGGUUCACCAUGAUCCUCGCCCUGGAGCUCUGCGAGGAGAUCGUGGUCUACGGGAUGGUCAGCGACAGCUACUGCAGGGAGGAGAGCCACCCGUCGGUGCCUUACCACUACUUCGAGAAGGGUCGGCUGGACGAGUGUCAGAUGUACCUGGCACACGAGCGGGCGCCCCGCAGCGCCCACCGCUUCAUCACUGAGAAGGCCGUGUUCUCCCGCUGGGCCAAGCAGAGGCCCAUCGUGUUCGCCCACCCGUCCUGGAGGACCCAGUAGCACCACCACCCAGCCGGCCACAAUGCCUUCACGGGGCCUCCGUUCCAUCCACACUCCACCAAAAACAUUUAAUUUAUGGAUCCUGCCACAUGCCACGUGGACCUGCGUCCCUUCCUGCCCAACCCUGGGGACACUUGGAGCCAUCGCAGGCCUCCGGACUUAGCGGGGAGAAGAGGGAGGCCUUGACGACCUUUAUACCCUCCUCCCCACCCCCUCUCCCUCAGUAAUUGAAUCUUCAUUUUGGGGUUCAUCCCACUUCUGGGUCUGUCCAGUGGCCUUUGCCCCUGGGGCUGAUGGCCCGCGACUCACCAGCAUCAUGACCUUCGACCUUGCACCAGCCCUCGUCCUCCCUCUCCAUACCCCUCCCCGCCGCCACCCGCCUUUGGUGCCACACUUCCUGGGCUGGUUGUCCGCUCAGGGCAACCUAGAGCUUGGGGUUUGUUAGGCGAAGGAGUCUUUGUACUGUGACUGCCAGGGCCACCUCUGGAGUGUACGGGUAAACGUGUUUUCUGGAA